GCAGCAUCGCUAAUCAAAUCCCAGAUUCCCAGGGAAAAUCCAAAAUUCUUCUCCCAGCUUCAAACAGAAUCCUUCUCCCAGCUUCAAUCUGAAAUCCUUCUCCUAGUCGCAGCCGCCUCGGCCUUUGCCUCAUCAUCAUCCUCAGAUGCCGCACCUUCGUCGGCCUCUAACGGUGUCGUUUCCUCCAUAACUGACGGCUUCUUCGCCUCUUUGCUGUCUCGACUCGUCACUCUCUCCGCCCAUGACUUUUCAGGUGAGACGCUGUGGACCACCGGUUUCUUUGGCAUGUGUGACUCUUAUUCGUUCCCGUCGUCUUCUCAGCAAGCGAGAAUGAGAUUCCAUGAGAAUAUAAAGCGAUUCGCCAGAAAUUAUGCUACGCUCUUCAUCGUCUUCUUCGCUUGUGCUGUAUCAGAUGCUGCUUGCAUUGGUUGGAUUGUUAGCAAGCUUAGCUCUUUCGGAGCUCUUGUCUUGAGGAAAUCGGUUCUUGUUCUUUCGGACUAUGCAACCCCUACUUCUCAGAAUCUCUUGGCUCGUUUGGCUAUAGAGAGCAUUGUGUUUCAUGUGGUGAUGAACCUUAGAGGAUGUGUUGGU